UGUAUAUAUAAUCAUGUAUAAUAACUGUGAUAUGGACACAUUUAUAACGUCUGUAAUAAACUUUGCGGAGGUCGGUGUCUCUAUUAGCUUCCAUUCUAUUGCUGACGAAUCUGUGCCUUUCCAAUAUGGCGGACGCGUUGACUAAACAGCUGCGGCCUCACUGUGAGGUCAUCAACGUGCGCCAAAACCGGUAAACGCCGUGAGAAUGGUUGUGCGUGUGUUACAAACAUAGCGAUUAAAAUAACGUGAAGAGGAUGAAGCAGGCGAAAGAAAAGAAAAGAAAACACUCUCGCCGAGAGUCGGCUGAUGGAGACAGAAAAAGGAGAAGCACUGAAUCCAGCAUGGAGGAUCCUAAGGAGGAGCUGAAUCAUGUUAAGGAGGUAAAGGAGGAGCCGAGUGACAUCGAGGAAGGUGGCCUGGAUCUCACUGUGCCUUUCAAACCCAUCAGCGCUUAUGUGAGCGACAGACAGGAGAUGCUGGAGCAAUGCUUCAACGUCCUCGGACAAAACAAGCUGAGAAAGAUGCUUCCAGACGAGCUGAAGGACUGUACGUUUACGGAGAUCAAGACGCUGUGCUGGGAUCAACUUCAGCAGCUGUCCGAGAACAACCUGCUCCAGAUACUGGAGGGUAAAGAGGUGACUGCAAACUCAGACGCUGAAGACAAAGAGACUAAAAGGACUUCAGUGGACAGUCAGCAGGACAACAUUGUGGACUCCACGUCAUCUAUGAAAGAGACUGCUGAAGGAGAAGACAAGCAAGGUUUAUCCGGAGAGGAGAGCGACGUUCUGAGCAUUAACGCUGACAUGAACGACAGUGACAUCGAGGGCCACAAAGACCCCAAACUCCAAGAAGAGGAAGUCCCUGCUCCCAUAGAGACGCCCCCUUCGUCCACCGCGCCGCCUCCUGGACCGGACCUCCAAUCGGACGAGCCGAAGCUGGAGCUUCAGCGCGACAUUGACAAGAGCGUCAGCGAGAUCCUCGCUUUGACCAAUCCCACUAGUGACGAGGCAGAGCCGGUCGCUAUGGAAGUGGCUCCUGCAUCACUUCCUGUUCCUGCUGCUGUGCCGUCAGCACAGCAGCUGGCGCUUCUGGAGUUAGAGAUGAGAGCGAGAGCUAUCAAAGCUCUAAUGAAGGCUAACGAGGUGAGGAAAUAAACUCUGCUGACUCUAAACGGAGCGAGUCGGUUCUGCGGCCAUGCUGGCUUCUGUAAUUUUGUCCAAGGAACAUGUGCAGCCAUAUUGGCUUCUUGUGAUUUUUUUUUUUAUUUUUUAUUUUUUUGCUACUUAGUGUUUUUGUUUUUAGUACAUGAACCUGACUGCAUUAUGGACACGGUUUUACUUUAGAGAUCGGACACUUUCUGUUGAGUGAACCGGUUAACACCUUGGCCCAUUUCUAUUAAACAAACCUACCAUUCAUUCAAAAUGUGUCGAGUUUUGAUUUUUACAAAUAAAUUUCACUUUUUAUUUUUUAUAUACGCUCACGUAUAUUUAUAUAGUAGGACAAUUUGGCCUACUAAUACUUAGUAAGAUACUAAGUUUACACCGUAUUUUUACAGCGAUCAAAGCACUAAAUUUCCUUUUUUUAAUUUUAUUUUUAUUUGUUAUUACUGCUAGUUUGUGAGUAGUAUUUAGUCAAUGCCUUUAUCGACCACUAGAGGUCAUUGUAGUACUGCAGUUGUAGUUCAGGAUAAGUCAUUUCCUUAUUUUCUGUUGGCAUCUUUAAAGCCACUCAAGUCUACUUCACAGAAGAUUACAAACCUCAUCCUGUCCUAAAGGUAGUAUCCAAAUUUGUUUUUAUUACUUCGAUGUCUUCAUAUGUACACUGGUUUAAAUUCAGGGUGCAUACAGAGACACCAGGGUGUCAAGCUAUGACAGCAUAACCAAAAAGAUAGAGCCAGAAGGUAACACAGACAUGAGAGUACUCUCCCUGGGACAUAAUGUCUUGCUACUCAACAAACCAGACAGGAUCAAAACAUCCCGGUUUACCAAAACUCCCAAUGUCCAUGAACCUUCCCGAUCUGUGCCUGUACCGAAAGGAAGCAAAAUGCUUAACCAAACGCAUUUUCAAACUAGACUUUCCAUAGCUUGUUGACUUUGUAGGAAAAUUCUGUGCUCCCUGCUGUAAUCAUUAUUCUAGGUACUAAUAAAGAGCCUGUGCAUUUUAAUUGCAUUUGGAUCUGUAGCACCUCCAGAACUUAUUCUGCUGACUUCUAGUCAAAACAAAUACUGUAGUCAGAAGUGCGACAAUCAAUAGUUGUUAUUUCUAACUAGUGCAAAUAAUGUGUGGGAAAAAAAUAUGUAGAAAUGAUUUAAAAAAAAUAAUACUAGUUGAAGCCAUUGUCUGAGAGCAAGUU